AUAAAAAUAAUUAAAAAAAAAAACUUCCUUUUCAGUGAAAAGAUGAUAGCAGUUGUGCAAAGCAAACGGAGACCAUCACAGAAAGCCUCUCUCCUCUCAUUUUCCCUCCGAUAAUUCUAUAAAUCUAUUUUCUCCAAGCAACCCACAAGCAAUAAUCUCUCAAUUCUUGAUUUUCCGCUCAGGUUCAGCAUUUCUGCUUGGGAAUGCGAUGCGAUUCUUUAGGAGGAUCGCGGGAUUUCUUGGGUUUGUUAAAGACGAGAGUGCCCACGAAGUGAAAGACCAACAAGAAGAAGAUGAUGAUCAUCGCAACAACCAACACCACCAACCCCGUUUUUCUUCCAAUUAUCAAGAAACUGGGCUUCCCCGUAAAGGCUUCAGCGUCCCCGUUAAGGUAGCCGUCGAUCGUCGCCCGCCCAGCCCAGUUCUAGUCCUUUCCAGCUCUGGCGAUGGAGGCGUCCAGGGUCUGAAAUGGCAUGCAAAGCGCCUCAAGAUAGAUGAAGAUGGAGAUGUGGCAGAUGAAUUCCUUGAAGAGGUUUUACCAGAGAUGUCAUCCAGUGUUGAGGACCACCAGAAACCACUGCCGAGGUUCGAAGUUAAGUACAGUGCCCCACCUGCUAAAAUCAAGAACCAGGUAAUUUCCCACGAUGGGAAAAUCCAACAGUGUGUAGAAUAUCAAGGUAGAUUGCAGUGGGUAUGAGUAUCUUGACAAUUGACAUCAAAAUUAAGUUUUGUGGGUUGGGUUGGGUUUCACUAUUAAUCCUGUAGCACUAAUACAUUGUUAGCUCAUACAAAGCUAAUUCCUUUUUAUCAGAUUUGUGGUUCGUAAAUUAUGGCAUGAAUUGUGGAAACCCUGCUCCCACAUUGUAUUAGUAUGUGUAUUACAAAGGCUUUUUACAAUAUUGGUUUUACUGGAAGGUUUUGAUUUAUACUGUUUAAUCCGAA